GAGUACAUUCUGCAUACCGCGGCCGUCUUCAACACCACCGAGGAGAAGUUCCUGGUGAUUGCCUAUCAGCUGUCCGGCUCAGACUCUGUGGCGUUGGAGCUCCAGCACAAGAGUUCAGCGGGCGACUGGCAGCUCUUACUCUCGGAUUCGGGCCCCCGCUACACUUCUUGGCAUCAGGCAUCCGUCGUCGUCCCUUCCGGCACGGUAGGGCUGCGCUUUGUGGCCAACAUCACGAACGACCUGGACGCGGUGCGCAUCGACUCGAUCGAUGCAGCGGACUCGCCCACUAAUGCGGAGGAUAC